UGGAGACCCAAGAGCCUGUCUUGCUAGACGAACAACUUUCAAUCUCUAACAAUUUAUGAAAUUACUUUCACAGUUUGAGUUGGAACAAUGGAACAACGCUUGUGUUGCUUUCGACAAUCAGGAUUAUGACACUGCAUUAAGCACCUUCAUCAGUUUGGCUGAUAAUGCCAAAAUGCAUUUCAAUAUUGGCUUAAUCUUUGCGACGCUGGACGAUCACCAAAGAGCUCUUGCCGCUUACAAUAAGGCCCUCCGGCUUGAUCAAUACUUUGCUGUAGUAUACUUUCAAAAAGGUGUAUCUCACUUCAUCAUGGGAGAUAUGGAAGCUGCCAUGCAAGAUUUUGACGAUGCGUAUGCUAAAUUAAGAGGAAAUCAGAUCAUCAAUUACACUCAACUCGGACUGUCUUUUCGACUCUAUUCAUGCGAAGUUCUCUUCAAUCGCGGUAUCUGCCGCCUCUAUUUGCAAAAGAUGAAUGAUGGCUUGACCGACCUUUAUCUAGCUCAAAAGGAUAAAAUGACAGAGGAACAUGAAGUCAUUGACCAAGCUGUGCUUGAUCGUGGCAAAGGCUACUCUGUGUUUUCGAUACCCCCCGGUGUUCUGUUUCGCCCACCAGAAAGUCGACUUCGUGGUCCACAAAGCGCCGACCUUUUGUCAGCCGCAGAAAAGUUUGGAUUAGGCAAGAUAAAUCCUCCUGCUGCUGCAAUCAAACGAAAUAAUUCCAUUCUGCUUGGCCAAAAUAAAUUUUCCACCCGCCAACCGCCACCACGAGCCUAUGGCAGAACCACUCCUUUCCAAGAAAGCCCACCUACAACCGGCUAUUUACCACAGCGAACCGAGAGCAUCGAACGAUCCCCUAUGGAUAUGAACUCACCAAAAACUACUCCUACAAAUUAUUAUCGACGAUCACCAUUAUCAAUAUCAGAAAGACCUACCACACCACAGGCAUCUUACCGUCAACAAUCACCGCAGCGGCAGUAUUCGCCUCGUACACGGAAAGAUUCCAGUGUUGGUACAACGGAUGACGAUAACUCGCCGCCCUCAGCCACCACUAUGUCUACUUCCUCGUACGGAUCAAAUCAAAAAUUUGCAGCUCAAUAUUCGGAUGGUCGCAGGAUCGACAGUGGAUUCGAAUCCAACCAUGAAGAUCGCUUUUCCAACUCCAGCGCACGGAAUUCCUCACGCAGUCAAAAAACAAACCCCCAUUACUCACCCCCACCUGUACCACCAAUGCCUGUACGCCAUGGCGGCCUUGUGGAUGAAAAUGAUACAAGAUAUGGAAAUAAUACCAGUCAACAACUCGAAGAUGAGUUAAAUGGUGUCUAUGAGCAACUGAGGGAAAUGAGUGUUGAUAAGGCUGGUAGUCAAGGAAACGACGGUCUUGGCCCCUAUUACUCGUACCGUGAAAGCAUGAGUCAGUCACCCAUUAAUAGACCACCGGGCCCGUCCUCAGUGUCUAGCCAAACAUCGGGCCCCAAGAUCAAAAUUAAGGUACACUAUAGGGACACGCGGAUGUUGGUUGUAUCAGCCUAUAUUUCUUUCCAUGGUCUGCUGGAGAAAAUUCACGAGAAGUUCGAUGUAUCAUCCAUGCUGCGUCUGCAAUACAAGGAUGAGGACGAUGAACUGGUGCUUAUGAUUGAUCAGGAUGAUUUGGAUCUAGCUCGUCAAAUUUCCAGAGCUCAAACAAAACCGUCCAAGGAUAGCCCGGUUGUUGAGAAACUUGAACUAUGGUGUAUAGAAUGAGGAGACUUUUCACGCAUGUUUCCUCCCUCAUUUUUUUCUUCACACAACCUUGCACACACCCUCUGUAUUUUGUAGACUCUUCAUUCCAUCUCACUUGCUUCCUCUUUCCUUUCACACUCACACAUUUGCCGGUUUCUUUUUCCGAAAAAUCUAAAUCCAUCCAAAUAUCAACAAUGUCUUUUAACCAUCAUGUCAACGAUGAUUGACAUAGUAAUCUACCCUACAUCUUGCACAUU